UGACCUCGACUCUCCCGACCCUUCCUGAUUUGCGCAACUCAUUGACCAUCUCCAUCAAGGGCUCUCCGCCUCGAGAAAGUGCUCCGACACUGGUCUACCGGCUUAUCAAUAUGGCGCAUAACCAGAACGGUCACUACUACUACCAUCAACCACCGCCGUCGCAGCCCUACCCGACUCAAUAUUCGGACAGCGAUAAUGCGGACAACUCUCAUCCCGGACUCUACGGUGCAGGCGUCGCACCACAUGGCUCGAAUACCCCAUACUCGGCCACAUCCAAUGUACCGGAACGGACCAGAAGUGUGGCCGCUCGACAGAACGACGAACUGUUCAUCGGAUCACCGAUGAACCCAUCAGCAUCCCCCACCAGACAAUCGUCGAGUGCGGGAUACCCAUCUUCGAACCCACAGCCGGCCUACAACCCCCAGAACUACGCAAAUCCCCCUCCCACACCCCCAGUUCAUGGAAAUAACUUUUACUCGCAUUCCUCUGCGGAAGGCAGGCCGAGGGCCCCAAGUUCUGGCGGUCAUUCGCAGUAUAACCCUGCUGACUAUGCGGACCCGAACAUCCAACGCCAUUCGAGUGUCGCGUAUCCUGCCGGGGCAUAUGGCCCUUCUUCCUCAUAUGCGAUCCCUUCUCCACCGGUCCAUCAAUAUUCCUUCGCACGAACGCAGUCAACCCAUCCUUUCCGACAAUCCACACUCCCUUAUCCCUCACAGACCACGGCGACCGGCGGGGAUCGUUCCGCGUACACCCCCCCCGCCCCUCCUCCGCUUCCGAUGUUAGCAUCCUCUCCAGAUGAACAUAUUGACGUCAAUAGCCGAUUCUCUCAACGACAGCAGCACCCAGUUCCUCGCCACAAUUCAGAACCGUAUCGUUCCCAAAUCCAACCAUCGCCUCUUCCUUCCACCCUACCGCUUCGGCAUCCGUCCAACGGUCAAUCCGACCGCUUCACCCCAUCGCCUUACGCAUCCACGGGCCACUCAUCACCACAACGGCAAGAGUCGCUACGACACCCACAAUUACGACCGCUGCCAGGACCGCCCAUUGAACCGGACCAGACAUACCCGGCGAAUGGGCUUCCUUACGAUCAGAACGAGGGGUCGCAGGAUCGUCUUUUCGAUGAAGUGGAAGAGGCCAUGAAUAUGCACACGGGAGUACGGAGUCCUCGCAUCGAACUGACCGAAUCUCAGUCCCACGGAUUGCACGGCAGCGAGACGUUGACUCGGCGCAGCACGAAUGGCCACUUGACACCGGAGGUGGGACGCCCGGCUUACAGCGAUGAAAGUGACGCGGAGGCGGUUGGUGGCCUGGAAGCGAUGCGGCUUGCCGACGAACAAGACCAGCGAGACGAAUACCGACGCCGAAGCGGACAAAGCACAUUGUUUGGCACCUACGCGGCACCAGCAGGUCCACAGCCGUCGCAGCCCCAGGACAUUCCCAGUGAUAGCGAUGGCGUCGGCAUCGAUCUGAUGUCCUACGGUGGAACCUUCCAACCCUCGGUAUCAUACGGGGGUGAUCCGGGCCAGUUGGCUGCCCGGCAGUCUUCACUGCGGACCGUUGAGAGUCGAAAUGGAGGUCUUUCUUCUUCCGGAUCUCAACGACGGUCGGAAACGAGUGACGCCGAGACCCUGUACGAGAACGAAGUCUACGGUGGUCCAUACGCGAGAGUGGACGCUUUCGGGACGGGAGGUUUGGCCGAACCUUCCGCACAGCGACGACGCCUGAGUUAUGAUGAAGGAGAUGAAUCAAAUUUCCUCAACGACGGCGGCCUCGCACCGGGAGAUCCUCCGGACUUAUUCUAUCAUCCCGGGAUGUCGAACCACCGCCCUCUGCCCCUACCUCCACCUGGCGAGGCUCUCCCCGGUGGAACUGCACCAUACCCAAUGGAAUGGAAUCAAGGCGGUAACCUGACAUUUCCAUCAUACCCCCAAGGACCGGAAGCGCCUCCCCCAACCGUGCUUAGCCCAAUCACUGCUGGAGUCGGUUUGCAACCUGGAAGGGCCAUAUCCCUCAUAUCACACUCCAACACCGCUCAAACACCCGCACCGAUACGAUCCAAGACCGACGCUGAAUACCGGUCCCAGCGCCAGCAGGCCGGGAAACCAGUGCCUGGCGAUAGCAGCGGGAAUACGACCGCAAGUGCCAGUGCGGUAGCUCUCGAUUUACCCACAUUGCCGAUCGCCCGCCGCUUUAAUCCUUCCAAACUGAGUACGACCGAUUUCAAGCGGUGCCCAGAGCCAUGGGCGUUGAGCUCGAUUAUAUCGUGGCUCAAAUUCAUGACCGAAGGCGAAAACGAGCUCAAGAAAGGUCCGAUUGUCGAAGGCCUGGUCGCUCUGUUCACACACAAGGUUCCGACGAUGAACAUCGCUGAUGCGGAGACCCUCAGUACAACGGUCGUCCAGAACAUGUUCCAAGCCGGUGUUCUGGAGAGGGAAGAGGAAUGGCUGAAGUUUAGUUCGGAGUCCAUGACCGGCGUCAUCUUCCAGUUAUCCGGGGCCGGUUGUUACGCUUCGAAACUGCAUGAAUCCAACGCCAGCGGUCGUUGUUACUCGCACCAUUGCCAACGGACGCUAAAAAAGAUCGAUCUCAAUAAGCAAUCCGUUUUGAAGCCGACCGACGACUGGGCAACGUACUACAAGAUCAAGAAAGAGGAUGUCGAGGGCGUCUCGUCGAAAGAGGUCGAACGACAGAACAUCCUUCACGAGAUCGUGCAAAAGGAAGAAGGCUUUAUGGAUCAAUUGGAUGUGCUCCGAAUUCUCUACCGCGAUACGUUACAGACGUCCAACCCACCUUCGAUCGAACCGAAACGCCUGAAGAAAUUCCUCCAUGCGGUGUUUGGUAAAGUCGACGCCGUUAAGAAAGCCAACGAGGAGUUCCUUCUCCCGCAGAUGAAGUAUCGUCAACACGAGCAGGGACCUUGGAUGGUGGGGUUCAGUGACAUCUUCCGCGAAUGGAUCCGGAAAGCCAAGGUGGCCUACACGGAGUACGCCGCGGCCUUCCCUCAUGCGACAUUCUUGGUCCGGCAAGAAAUGGAGCGCAACAUCCCUUUCCGGAUGUUCAUCGAUCGCGCUCGGAGCGAUCCUCGCUCCAACAAACUCGCUUGGGAUACGUACCUGAAGGCUCCUAUUACACGCCUUCAGCACUACGGGUUGCUACUGGACACGGUGCUCAAGAAAACCAUCCAAGAUUCGGACGAGAAGCGAAACUUGAUCGUGGCAAUCGACGAGAUCAAAGCGGUUACCCACGAGUGCGACGCCAAAGUGGCGGAAAUGAGCCGGAAAGUGGAUUUGACCGAUUUGCAGAGCAAGUUAAAGUUGAGACAGGGCAUGCAACGCGUGGAGUUGAAUCUCGACCAUCUCGGCCGCGAACUCAUCUUCAAAGGAGACCUGCAGCGGUUGGGGACCACGAAAUUUUCUCUGCUGGAGACGCAUGCAUUGCUGUUCGACCAUUUCCUCGUGUUGGCGAAAUCCGUGACGGAGAGAGAAGGGGAUGCGAAAUCGGAAAAGUACGACGUCUCGCGACUGCCCAUCCCUAUGGACUUGCUGCUAUUAGAAAGCCGAGACGAUGAUCCUGUGAUCAAAUCGACUGUCAGAGGCAUUGCUGCGGUAGCGCCACGAGUCGCACCGGCUCUAGAACCACGAUCCAGCCGUACAUCAUCGCAUCAAAGCCCUGGUCCUGGGAGCAUCACUCAUACCAAUACCAACGUGUCGGUGGCUUCGUCGUCUUCGAGUUCUUCUAACAAGACCAUGGUACCAAACCCGGUUAUCGAUCCCAAGGAAGACAAAAUCUUGUACCCGUUCCGAAUCAAGCAUCUCGGUAAGGAUACCUAUACUCUAUUUGCACCCACGUUGCAGAACCGGGACGAAUGGUGCGAUCGAAUCAUCGAGGCAAAAACGCGACAUGCGACCGCGUUAUUCGCACAGAAUGCCGAGCCUUUCAAACUGAGAGUGAUGGCGGAUGCGGCAUUUGCGCACGAUUCCACCGUCGUGGGACAGAAGACCAUUGUCAUCCAGGGAACACCGCUUGACCGGGCGGUACGAGAAGUGGAAAAUACGUUUGUCAGCGCCGGCCGACCGUCGCCCAUCUGCAGAGCCAAGGUCAAUUGCGCCACAAGCUUCACGCAAGGAAAGAAGCCCAUGCUCGCCGUCGGCACGGAUAUCGGCGUUUUCAUAUCGGAGAUGAACAAUCCGCGAGGCUGGAUGAAGGCAAUCACCGCGCUCAAGGUAGCACAGAUUGCCGUGCUCGAAGAGUUCGGACUCUUCCUACUCAUCUCGGACAAAUCCCUCAUCGCAUAUCAUCUCGACGUCGUAUGCCCUUUGAAUGGCGGAUCGACGGGCGAUUCUGCGCGAAAGGCUCCUCUGAAACUCUCGGGUAGCCGCGACGUGGGUUUCUUCGCUACUGGGCGAAUGAAAGACCGUGUUCUCGUCUUCUACAAGAAACGCGAAGGCCUCUCCUCGACGUUCAAGGUCCUUGAACCCAUCUAUCAGAAAGCCAGUGAGAAGAAGAUGCGUGGGUUUAUGAGGUCUGGCCGGACCGAGUUUUUCCGCGAGUUCGACGAGUUCUACAUCCCGACCGAAUGCAUGGGCAUCAGCCUCUACAACACCUCCCUUGCCGUCUCCACCCUUCGCGGCUUCGAAAUCCUGACACUUGACAAGAAGCAGCCAUGGAGUGUCCCGGAUCUCCGACAACCGCACGUCGCGACCAUCGCGCAACGAUUGGCUAGUCAAACGCCGCUCGGCAUGUUCCGACUUUCCGACCAAGAUUUCCUUCUUUGCUACGAAGAGUGUGCGGUGUACGUCAACAAGCAUGGCGACAUUUCCCGCAGUGUGAUCAUGGAAUUCGUCGGCAAAGCACGCAGCGCGGCGCUGCAUGGUCCAUACAUCCUCUUGUUCGACCAGGAUUUCGUCGAGAUCCGCAACGCGCAGGAUGGCAGAUUGAGGCAGGUCAUCGCCGGACGCGACGUCAAAUGUCUGGACGACGGACGUAGCGGGAGCAGCCAGGGAUCGCGGACGAUCAAGGUGAGCAUGCAGCAUCCGGAGGAGCAGCGGAGCCAGAUCGUGGUGGAGUUGGUCGUGAACGAGAGCUUGAAGGAGUGAACAUGGAACAUACCAAAUGGGGUAUUGUUGAUGGCCUUGGGUUUUCGUUGAUUGGCCGGCGGUCUGCUUUUGUUUCCUGGAAACCAGGAGACUUUGCCAUGGUAUUGGUCCU